UAUGCAGCACUCGUAGAGAGGGUGUGGAGGGCAACCCGUGAUAUAUGGAUAUAUAUUCGCAUCUUCAUGCCUGUGGAUCCCUGAAGAAUAGAACCAGCUGUGUCAGGAAAGGAGGCUAGCAGAGAGAUCAGAUAGAUAGAUAGAUAGAUAGAUAGAUAGGCAGAUAGAUAGGCAGAUAAAAUAGGUUAGGUAGGUAGAUAAGCAGAUAGACAUUUAGAUUAGGAAGGUAAGUAGGUGGAUCGAUAGGCAGCUAGAUAGUACUGGAGAUCUGGCCAUAGGAGGGUUAACACCCAACCAAAGCUCAAGGAAAGAAAAAAAGGAUCAAUGGGCUUGGCACAGCAAGAGCAGGAGAGGGGGAGCAGAGAUCUAGAGAGAGACAUCAAGGCAGGAGAGAGAGAAAAAGAAGAAAGCAGAUGCAGCAAGGUGGAUGCACUAAGAAGUAGCUAGAGGAAGAGGCACAGGGAAGACCUACUGAGCACCUCAACUUGCAGAGUCCCCUCCGGCAGUUUCUUUUCCCUUGGCACUGGAGAGAAGCAGGGCAAGGGCUUCUUCGUGUUGCCCAAGCAUCGGUGCCGGAUAGCGAAGACCCGAAGGAGGCCAGGGGGAUCUCGCCUCUUUCCUAACAAGCCCCUUUCUCUCAGAUGGGGAGAUGCCAGACAGCUGGAACACAUCUUCAGACAGCGUAGAAGCACGAACUGCAGGCAUUAUUGUGCCGGUGGUCUUCUCCCUCAUCUUCUUCGUGGGCACAGUAGGGAACGGCUUGGUGCUGGCUGUGCUGCUGCGCAAUGGACAGGUGAAAUACAACACCACCAACCUGUUCAUCCUUAACCUGGCGGUGGCGGACCUGUGCUUCAUUGUCUUCUGUGUCCCCUUCCAGGCCACCAUCUACACGCUGGAUGGGUGGCUCUUUGGUGCCUUUGCCUGCAAGGCAGUGCACUUUCUCAUCUACCUCACCAUGUAUGCCAGCAGUUUCACCCUGGCAGCUGUCUCUGUGGACAGGUAUCUGGCUAUCCGUUACCCCCUGAAAUCCCGGGAUCUCCGGACCUCUCGCAACGCAGCGCUUGCCAUUGUAAUGAUCUGGACGCUGUCACUACUUUUUGCAGGGCCGUAUCUCAGCUACUACCAAAUAGUCCACUACCAGGAGGUGCCCAUCUGUGUCCCUAUUUGGGAGGACCAGCGCCGCAAGAUCUUGGACAUCCUCACCUUCGUAUUUGGCUACGUCCUCCCAGUUUUUGUUGUCAGCCUGGCUUACGCUAGGACCAUUAAGUUCUUGUGGACUGCUGUAGAUCCCAUUGAGAGGAUCUCGGAGUCCCGUAAAGCCAAGCGCAGGGUCACCAAGAUGAUCAUAGCAGUGGCUGUCCUCUUCUGCCUGUGCUGGCUGCCCCACCACCUAGUGAUCUUGUGCUUCUGGUUUGGCUAUUUCCCCUUUACCCGGGCCACCUACGCCUGCCGCUUGGCUUCCCAUUGCCUGUCCUACGCCAAUUCUUGCCUCAACCCAAUUGUCUACGCUCUCAUCUCCAAGCACUUCCGCAAGAGAUUCAAGCAGGUCUUCACUUGCCUCCUCAUUCAGGACAAGAACAAGAAGAAGCGAGCAGGCAACAAGGUCCACGUAGCCAAUGUCAACAAUGGUUUAGCCAACCAUACGGCAGGCUUCUGUGGAGGGAACACUGAGGUAACCCAACUCCAUGAGGAAAAUAUCCGAUGCUACCAGGGCCUGUUGCUGAAAGAAACUGAAGGGGGGGUGCCUGAGGCGUGGUCUCAUCAGUUAGAAGACACGGCCAUCUUGGAUCAGAGAGAGCUAAUGAAUGAAGAAGGUUCUGGGGCAACUGACAACAAUCAGCUGGCUGUGACAACACACGAGGGACUGUAACCUACUAAUUAUCCAUGGCAGAUGAUUUAAAUGGAGGGCAGUGCCUCUUAGCAUCACAGUCCUAUCCCCAUCAGCAUCAGAUGUGGAAUGGGUUGGCUUUAGAUAGCUUUUCUCAAAACACACAAACUACCCAGAAUUUCUCAGUGAGAAUGUCAACGUUUCCCAGCUGAGACUGCAUUUUAAUGGUUCCAUUUACACCCUGUCCUUGGGUAAUGGCUACAAAAACUAUUAAUGAAGCCACCAAAUGGUUGUAGGAAUAAGGGGUGCAUAGAGAUGUACCCAGCAGUGAAGGGAUGGUCAGUUGGGUCAGAGAAUUUAUUAAUGUCUCUUGGCAAGAGUGGAUGGCCCCAGACUAGCUAAUGGCGAUGGCGGUAAAACAUGAAAAAGCCAUCCCUAGAUCUGGAAGAUCUAGCUGAAUAAUUACAAACUGGUGGCAAACAACCUCUUUCUCGGCAAAGUUCUUCAGCAGUUAGUUGCUGACCAGAUCCAGGCAUGCUUAGAUGAGACUGCUUUUCUGGAUCCAAUUCAGUCAGGUUUCAGGCACUGAAACAACACUGGGCACCUUGUAUGAUUAUCUUUAUCAGGAGAGAGAUGGGAGAAGUGUGAUGCUGUUGUUCCCCUUGAACUCUGGUUUGCUUUUUGAUACCAUUGAGCAUGGUAUCCUUCUGGACCUUCUGUCAGAAUGGAAAGUGGGUGUCACUGUUUUGUGGCGGUUCCUCUCCUGUUUGGGUGGUCCACUUCAAAAAGUGAUGCUUAGAAUUAUCGUUCAGUUCUGUGGAGCCUUCAUUGUGGGCUCUCACAGGGAUUCAUCAUAUCCCCCCAUGGAUUUACUGAAUCAGUGCCUGACUGCAGUAAACAACUGGAUGAGGGAAAACAACUGAAACUCAAUCCAGCUAAAACAAAAUAACCCCCCCCCUUCCAGUAGCACCUUAGAGACCAACUAAGUUUGUUAUUGGUAUGAGCCUUCGUGGACUUUUUGGAGUGGACUACCCAAACUGGAGGGGAACUGCCGCAAAACAGUGACACCCACUUUGCUGGAAGGAUUUUUUAUCAUUAUUUUGUUUCGACUCUGGCAGACCAACAUGGCUACCUACCUGUAACUCAACCAGCUAAGUCAAAGAUACUGCUACUAGGUGGUUCCUUGGUCCAGGUAGGUGAUGUGCAACUGGAUCUCCCCACUGUAUAAUCAGAUGCACAGAUUGGGGAUACUCCUUGUUCCAUUGCUGUGACCGGAGAUGCAAAUGGCAUAGAAUGCCUUCUUUCAGCUCUACCUGUUGGCCCAGCUAUGACCUAUCUGGAUUGGGAUAACCUGGUGUCAACAGGCUAUGUCCUAGAAUGCUUAUGCUUGGAUUACGGCAAUGCAUUGUAUGUGGAGCUGCCUUUGACAAUGGUUUGGGGAAACUGCAGCUGGGGAAAAAUUCAGCAGCCGGUUUAUUGGUGGAGAUCAGGUGCUUCGAACAUGUAACACCAAUUCUGGCUUGAUUACAGAGGCUACCAAUGUGUUUCUUGGUCCAAUUCAAAGUGCUGAUUCUGACUUGUAAAGCCUUAUACAGAUUGGGAUCCCAUUUUCUACAAGACCCCUCUUCCCAUACGAGCCUGACUGGAGCCUGAGGUCAUCAUCAGAGGCCUUAUUCUGUGUUGUAAAGUGGUAAGAACAGGUCUUCUCAGUACUGGCUCCCACGUCUGUGAGGUGCUUUCCCCAGAGAGGCUUGCCUGGCAUCAACACCAAUGUAUUUUCAUUGCCAGAUGAAGCUGUCUUUCUUCUCCUGGGCAUUAUUAAUUUCUGCAGCAGUUGAUGGUAUUUUAGCUAGUUAAUUCUUUGGUGAUCAGCCUUAUAUUGGGGAGCAUGGAGUGGGGGAGGGAUUUGUUAUUU